CCUCUGAAAUAUAAUUUAUAUUAUAAUCUAGCAGUUGUAAUAGAGCAUCCACCCACCCCACCACCUUGGCACCCGUGUCUUUGAUUACUAGGCGAAGAAGAAAAAGAUGAACGUGGAUCUGGAAUCCUUGGCAGAAGCCACUUCAGGAGCCAUAGGAUCACUGCUUAGCACCACAAUUCUCUACCCACUUGAUACCUGCAAGACCAAGUAUCAAGCCGAGGCACGUUCCCAUGGUAACCGAAAGUACCGGAAUCUCUCUGAUGUGUUAUGGGAGGCAGUAUCUAAACGCCAGAUCAUUUCCCUUUACCAGGGCCUUGGAACAAAGAAUCUUCAAUCGUUCUUGUCACAGUUUGUCUACUUCUAUGGAUACAGUUACUUUAAAAGACUGUAUCUCGAGAAAAGUGGAUAUAAAUCCAUUGGAACAAGCGCAAACUUGGUUAUUGCUGCUGCUGCUGGCGCCGUCACCGCCAUUACAACUCAGCCCCUGGAUACAGCCUCUUCAAGGAUGCAAACAAGUGCUUUUGGAAAGUCUAAAGGGCUAUUGAAAACACUUACAGAAGGCACAUGGAGUGAUGCAUUUGAUGGCCUUAGCAUUUCCUUGAUGCUGACCUCAAACCCUGCAAUUCAGUAUACAGUGUUUGAUCAGCUGAAACACCGGGUACUGAAGAAUAAUGCAAACAAAGCUGAGAAAGGAGUAUCUCCGGCAUCACUGUCUGCAUUGAUGGCAUUUCUUUUAGGUGCAAUUUCGAAGAGUAUUGCUACCUGUCUAACAUAUCCUGCUAUCAGGUGCAAAGUCAUCAUUCAAGCUGCAGAAGCGGAUGAAGAAUCGUCCAAAACACAGAUAAAAUCACCAAAAACUGUGUCUGGAGUUGUCUACGGAAUAUGGAAAAAGGAGGGCAUAUUGGGCUAUUUUAAAGGAUUACAUGCUCAGAUAUUGAAAACGGUUUUGAGCUCGGCAUUGCUCUUGAUGAUCAAGGAAAAGAUCUCUGCUACUACUUGGGUCCUUAUACUUGCAAUUAAAAGGUAUCUAUUACUCCCAAAGGGUAGAGUUAAAAACUUGUAAUAAGUUUUCAUAUAGUUGUUAUUGGAGGAAGAAGCUUCUAUGCAUUUCGGAUAAUGUAUUUCGUUGGAGUGCAAUAAGUGCAUUUUGUCGGAUGCAUCCGUCUGUUUAGAGCUGAUACAAGGUUCUUUUUGUGGCUUCUCUUUUGUGGUUUGCCGUUGGCGUAUUGAUGUAGAACAACUAGUUGAAGAAUUUACGCAAAUGCUGAUUGACCAGAACUAGGUCGAAAGUAUUCACAAUAAAUGCAUGAGUUUUGAUUUGUUAUAUUUCAUAAACUAAAUAACGAAUGUCAUUACUUAGUUUUGUUUAUAGUUGGUUAUUUGGUAUGUUGUGGAAGUUCUACAUCAGAAGGAUAUAGUUAAGAGUAGCUUAGGUGCUUCAUAAAUAAAGUAAGCACCCUUCAGGACGUAGUAACUUCAGUUUCAAGUUAAUAAAGUUUUUGUUAUUUUUCUAA